ACUGCUUCUGCUAACCCUGCAGAGUCCAGGCUCUCUAUAAAAAGGCAAGUCAGCUGAGUCAACAGCCUUCACAGACGCUGUGAGAGCAGUCUGUGACAGACAGCCCAGCAACACCUUUCCUGAAAGCCACCAGAGGGGGAAAAUGAAAUUUGCCCUCCAAGCCAUUCUGUCCUUUGGGCUGCUGGCUCUGUGUCUUGCAUCUUCUUCUGUAAGAUGGUGUACAAUAUCCAAUGAAGAACAGGAAAAAUGCCAAAGGCUUAAGCAGGAAUGCUUUUCCCAGCAACUAUCCAAGGAUUUUCCAGAACUGAUUUGUGUGAGGAAGACUGACCACCAGGCGUGCAUAACAGCUAUUAAAGACUCAGAAGCAGAUGCCAUCACUUUAGAUGCUGGUCUUAUUUUAGAAGCAAGCUUGAACCCUUAUUAUCUAAAGCCUGUUGUAGCUGAACUUCAUUCAAAGGGCUCAGGAGUAACUACUAGUUAUCAUGCCAUUGUUGUUACAAAGAAAGGAACUAUUUCAUCACUUGAAGGACUCAGAGGGAGCAGAUCUUGUCACACUGGUUUUAAAAGAUCUGCAGGCUGGUUGAUCCCAAUAGGAACUCUUGUGUCUAAGAAUUUGAUACAGUGGAGUGGAACAGACUCAGGACCUAUAGAAAAGGCUGUAGAAGUUUUCUUUGGAUCCGGUUGUGUCCCAGGUCUCAAAGGUGGAUCAAACAUGUGCCAUGCUUGUAAGACCGGAACCUGUGACUGGAGUGAUCCCUUUGCUGGAUAUGCAGGAGCCUAUGAGAUACCUACUUGUUUUCUUACAUACACUCACUGUUGCCUUUUAUUCUUCAUAGCUGAUAGUGUAGAAGAAAGAAGCAAGUAUGAGUUACUUUGUGAUGAUGGCUCCAGAAGACCUGUUGAAGAAUAUGAAUCCUGUUACUGGGCAAGAGUGGCAUCUCAUGCUGUGGUGGCACGAUCUGUUGAUGGUCGGGCAGAUAAAAUCUGGGCACUCCUCUCUUAUGCACUGGAACAGAUCAAGCAAAAGCAAUCAAGAUGCCAGCUUUUUAAAUCUCCUCAAGACUCUGGCAAAGAUCUCUUGUUUAAGGAUAGUGCGGUUGGUCUUAUUCCAGUGCCUCAACGAGCAGAUGCUGAACUUUACCUAGGUCCUAAGUACUGUGCUGCAAUACAGAUUCUCAAAAGAGAGAGAAUUGAUCAAGAUCCUGAUCAAGAAAGAAUUAAGUGGUGUGCAGUGGGGAAGGCUGAAAAGGCAAAAUGUGAUGCGUGGAGUGCACAGAGCAGUGGUGUCAUUCAAUGUGCUGUUGCAGAAACUACAGAAGAUUGCCUUAUCAAGAUCAUAAAAAGAGAAGCUGAUGCUAUUACCUUGGAUGGAGGGCAUAUCUUCACUGCAGGAAAAUGUGGCCUUGUCCCAGUAUUGACAGAAAUCCCUCGUGAUGAGGCUGCUGCCUGUGUUGAUCCCAAGAAAGGUAGAACCGCUAGAGGCUACUUUGCUGUAGCUGUUGCUAAGACAAGUGACACUGACGUCAACUGGAACACUCUGCGAGGAAAGAAGUCCUGUCAUACUGGUGUUGGUAGAACAGCUGGCUGGAAUAUUCCCAUGGGCCUUAUUAACAGUCAAAAUAAUCUUAGUUGUCACUUUGAUACAUUCUUCAAAGAAAGCUGUGCGCCUGGUGCACCUCUUGAGUCUACAUUGUGCAAACUGUGCAAAGGCAGUGGUGGUGAAGGUGGCCUGUCUGAGAAAUACAAAUGUAAACCUAACAGCAAUGAAAUAUACUAUAGCUAUGCAGGUGCCCUUCGAUGCUUGAUUGAAGGAGGACAGGUAGCUUUUGUUAAACAAAGCAUCAUCACUGAGGUCACAGAAGGACAAAACAAACCUGCUUGGGCAAGUGGUGUAACUCCUUCUGAUUUUGUUCUUCUGAACAAAAAUGGUGAACGUUGUCAUCAUGAUGAAUAUGAAAGAUGUCAUUUGGCCCAAGUUUGCAAUCAUGCAGUAGUGUCAAGACCUGAACGAGCAGAAGUGGUUAAAAAGGUGGUACUUGAGCAACAGAAACUAUUUGGAAGCCAGGGAACUGAGAAAGAUGUCUUCCAUAUGUUCCAAUCUGAUGCCAAAGAUAGCUUAUUCAAAGAUGGCACAGAAUGCUUAGCUGUUCCAAAUGAAAACACCUAUGAGGCAUACCUUGGGGAGGAAUAUCUGCAGUCUCUUGAAGGAUUCACCAAAUGUUUACCUUCAGAACUCCUUAAGGUCUGCACCUUCCACACUCAUGACUGGUGAAUAUCAAGUUCUUGCAAUGAAAUAAAAUGGAUGCUACAUACUUACUUGCCCAAAGUUGACAAAAAUCUACUGUACUUACUUUAUUCUUCUUUAAUACCAACAAUCUGUUAAACUUUCCAUUAUUACUUUGUAACUCUGUAGAGUCACUAGUGCAAAAAAUAAAUAGAAUUAACAUCUACAGUUUAA